UAUUUAUUAUUUUAGUUAAAAUACAAAAAAAAAAAAAAAAUGUUCUCAAAUCUUUCAUUCAAAGACCGACAAUAUAUAUUAAAAGAAUUUCCAGAACUUUCGCCAAAUUUAAUAAAACGUUAUGAAAAAACUUUUACUAGAUAUGACACGGACAACGAUGGAUAUUUAGAUGUCGAAGACCUCAAAGGUAUGAUGAUGGUACGUGGUGUUCCAUGGACUCACUCAGCGAUUAUACGGCUUAUUAGAGACGCAGAUGAAGAUGGUGAUGGAAAACUAAGUUUUCGCGAGUUUCUGAUAACGCAACGCAAAAACGUGGAAUGGGCUCGCCGAGUAUUAUGCGCCCUACCUGAAAUCGACGUCGGCCGUGUGGGCGUCAAAGGGGCUAAGAAAUACUUUGAAGCUAAACAACCGUUGCCCGUAGCAGCAAACCACAAAAACGUGUAAUAUUAAAAGAAAAACAGAUAAUCAUUGCACAUAAUUAGUAAUAUAACAUAAUAAAAUGUCUCAAGGUAAUACAAUUUUACAAUAACUUUUUUUUUUUUUUUGAUUAUUCAUUAUAAAAUAAUAUCUUAACUACUAUUUACUAUGUCAU